AUGGGCUCUUUGGAGAGCAGUUUCGAGCAAUUGAAGCUAGAAAAAAGUCUAGAUGAUGGGCUCGUAGACGUGACCGAUCAAUUGAAGAGGUUGACGAAUCAAUUAAAACCCCAGACUAUCGUUAAAGCACCGGAUUUCGAUCUUUUCGAAGGGACACAUUCAUUGGAAAUAAAUAACAAAAAACUAGAUUCGACUUUGUUACAAUUACCUACAGCUGAGCAAUUCUUCGACUGCAAUCUGGCUUAUGGUGAUAGUGAAGUCCAGAUGAAUGAGUUUGUCACUGGGAUUUCGGACCGUCUCUUAAGAAGCGUGAUGACAUGGCUCACGGAUUACCAAAGCUUACCAACCACCGUCUUGUGCUGUCGGUAUGUUGAAGUGUUGAUUAUGCAGUUCACAGAAGAUCCAAAACCCGAUUUAUCGUCGUGUCGCCUCAACACGGGUAAUGAGCUUUAUGACGAGGUUCUUGUCGGGUGUGUACUGGGACUUGCGUCCUUCAUAGGUUUUGUUCAGUCACUGUUCCGAGCCGGAGUGAUCUUUGAAGAGGAGGAUCUCAAUUGUAACACAAUGGGCCUCAAUAUGUUGAUGGGCGUUACCACGGAAACUGUACUACAAAAGCUAGAAAGGGGUCGUUUCAUUUUGACCCACAAAUUUCCACAAUCGGCUCAUCUGACGCGUAUUUUAGAAUUGGUGAUGCAUUUGGUCACUCUGGGCUCAAUGCUACCGGAUCAAGCAGAAAUAUCUGGCGAGUCUUGCGUUGAGACAUUGCAGAAGCUAAUUGGCUGCGCAACUGAGCUCCAGAUAUACGACACAACAUCUUUAUCAGUGCCCCCAGGGUGUUUCUCCGUUGGCAUCCAGAAAAGAUUAUCAAACCAAUUCCCCCCGAAAAGUAUCGCUGAGCUUCGUGGCGGUGAGUAUGAGGCAUACGAACGAAUGGCAAAAGAUAUAUGCGAGGUUUUCAAGUUGAACGAGGCUCAAAGUGUUUUCGAAAUUUAUCAGGCCGCAUACUAUUUUAACAAGGGAGCACAGCGUCACGUAAUUGCCCGUGCAUUGUUCCCUUUGCAUCUAAUGAGAGAUGACCAAACGGUUUUAGGGAAAAUGACUUUCUUGGAAUUUUCUGAACAACAUAUCCGAGCAUUUUCACUACAUGCUACAAGCUUAAGCCAUGCGUUACAGGACGCUGAAUUGUCGCCAUCUUUGAUAGAUAAGUUUGACGCUUUCAUGCAAGAAUCCUCAGCUGCACUUUUUGCAUGGUAUCAAAACAUGUCUCAAAAUUCAUGCAGGUACAGACAGGGAUUUAAUAGGCAGCUUUUGGUAUGGGACUCGCUUCAAGCGCAGGUUGAAACUUUCGAAAUGGAGCUAGAAUCGCUGGAAAUUAAAGACGAAAUUGCCGAAAAUCGCACGCUGUUGCCUCUGACGAGUUGGACAUUCUUUAUGAAACUUUCUGCGAUGUUAGAGUUUGUCCUCAAUGGGUUUGAACUGGAUAUUUAUAAACCUCGAGAAUAUUUCGCGAUGUACUGGUACGCAUACUAUCUUACGCAGCAUUCCGAAAGUUGUUUAGACCGCUUGCAUACCUUCAUCAGAAAUAAGAUAGCCUUCAUUCAAUCCAUGAACAAACGACUCAAGAAGCUGAAAGCUGGUGAGAAAAAAAACGCACUCAGAACUCAAUACCGCUGGUAUGUCGAAAACGAUUUGCCGCAGCUAAGUGCAAAUCAAAAAUCUGUCACUACUUUUGCUAUGAAGUGUCUAAUCGUCAAAAACCUUUGCCUCGCAGAAGUUUUCCAAUUCGCUACUUUAAAAUCGUAUGGGCUAAUUGAUUACGAUGAAAAAUCUAAUGACCAGUUCAGUUCGACGGAACUCAUUCACAAACUAAGAUUUAAGACGUUCUCCUCCAUCGGUGUACCCGAGCUUCCAAGUUACGAAAUGUUUUGCAGCUCCCUCAAUGAAUUCGUCGUCGAUGGCUCUUCUCGCGAGCUGACGAAAUCGUCUGAGUUUAUCGUGGAGGAGCUUUCAAGUGCGGCAAGUGCUAUCGAUACUCUUAUCGCUGCUAUUACAGAGGGUGACGAUAAAGCUGAUGCCCUUCUGACUGGAACAAGAGUUGUAAAAGAUGCUGCAAUAGACCAUUAUCAACGUCUGCGGAAAUCCGUGGACCAUCUGCGUGCCAACAGUCAAACCAUGCAUGAAAAGUUUGCCAAGGAGACUCUUCAAUCUGCAAGCCAAAAAUUUGCUAUUGAUGUGGAAAGACCUCCUGAAAGCUCGAAAUUGUUUCCCUUUCUAACCAUAAGAAGGAAAUCAGAUUGA